AUGAAUAUACAAUCGGCAAGUACCGACGAGGAAUCGCACUCUUGUUACAUAAAAUUAAAAGAUGAAACAUAUAAAGCAUUCACAAAGGUUAAUGUUUUACUGUUUUGUUAUUGUUGUUUUAUUAUAUGUACAUGGUACAUAAAUAUGGUAUGUCUAUAUCCAUUAAAACUGGAUGAUUAUUAUUUUAUUUUACAUUUCCUGUUACAAGGAAUUGGUAGUGUACUUAUUGGUUUGUUAUCAGACUUAUAUGGAAGAAAAAGAUGCUUAAAUAUUUCUUUUGCUAUUUUAUUUGUCAUAUUUAUUUUAAAUUUUGUUACUGUUAAGCCAUCUCUCUUUUUGUUUUAUCAUAACUCCAAAUCUUUGAACUCCAUAUUACAAAGAGGUUAUUAUAAUGAUCAGAUAAAAUACAAUGAUAAAACGUUUUUGAACAAUUACCUGGGGGAUCAUAAUUUUAUAAUGAAUAAUGGAGUACAGCUGGGCAUAUCAAGCAAGUACAUGAAGAGGGCCAAAGAGGGGGGAACAAACGAAAGAAAUGCAUGUAGGGUGAUAAGCAGCAAACGAAAUGAGCAAAACGAGAGAAGCAAACUUGACAAGCAAAACGAACUAGAUGAAAAAUAUUCCUCUUCUAAACAUUCUAAUACGAAUAACAGUAGAAACGAAGAAUCAGACAAAAGUCAUAUAAGUAAAGACAACAAGACAGAAAUAGUUUACCCAGUAAAAGUAACAAAUAGACGUAGUUUCAAUAGCGCAGUUAAUAUAAAAACAAGUGAGAGCAAUAAAUUAAAAAAAUAUCACUUAUCAGUAGGAAGUAAUCGUUCCUUAAUUGAUAAUCUUAAUGCUCAGAGUAGCAUACAUAAGGGGGUAUUAGUGGACAGUAUAAGGAGCAAAGGUCAUCAUAUAGUAGCUAGUAGUGCUAAAACUAAGAGAAAUACUUCAUAUUCGAAAAAAGGAAGUAGUAAUUAUUUGUCGUUUAUUCACAAUAACCCAUCUUACUACAACGUUUUUUAUAACAGUAGUAAUACAAACAAAUCCUUGUCUGAAGACAUAUAUUCAAAUCAUAAAAUACAUGAUAGUAAAGAUUUCAUGAAAGACGAUAAUAAACAUGAUGAUAUAUUAAACACCACGAAUGAUCAAUAUGAAGAAGAAAAAAAAAGGAAAAAUAAUGUAAUUUUCAGAAAUAUAUACAACAAACUAGUAAGACAUAUUACUAACCAUUUAAAUGAAAAUUUUAAAAAUAAAUUGUUUAAUAAAAAAUAUUAUCAACGAUUAAUUGGUACAUGUAUAAGGAAUAACCUCAAUAAUAAUUUUUCCAAUAAUUAUGAUUCCCUAUUUGAUAUCAAUCAAUAUAUGCAUAUAAUGAAAAAAAAAAAUAAUUUUUAUAAAAAUAUGAACAAAAAAAAUGUAAAUACUUUGAACAGUUCAUUAGCUAAUACAAUUAACAAUAAUUUUUGUAAUAAUAUAGAAAAAGUAUGCACUCGUAAAAUGAUUUCUAUUUAUCACGAGAGGGAAAAAAUGAACAGAGAAAGUCAGGCAGUCGUAUAUUUUGACUAUUCCCCCAGAAUGGAGGAUAAUCUUCCGCAGUACAAUAUUCCCUUCGAAAUAUUAAAUGAUGAUAAGGACACUUAUGAAGACAGCUCUUCACAAUUUUGGAAAACAAUAUAUUGUUUCUUAACUUGUGCAGGAGGAUUCUUCACCAAAGGGGUAAGUAAUAUAUUGUGCAUUAUAAUAACAGAAAAUAUUAAAACUAGCUACAAAUCUAAAGCAGUUUGCUUAAUUUUUAUUAUUGAAAAGUGCUUAUUCAUUUUGACUCGCUUACUCUUUCUUUUAAAUCAUCUAUGCAAUUUUUAUUUAUUAUAUAAAGUGAAUGUGCUCUUUUGCGCUCUUCUUACCUUAAUGAUGAUACUUAUUUUGAAUAUGUUCUUUGAUGGUUUUAACAUGAGCAUGCUAAGGCAGCAAAAGGACAAUCUUGAAAAGUUGUAUAGCAAAUAUUACAGUACUCAUGGCGGUGCAUAUAACGGUGUUUAUGGCAGUAAAUAUAACAGUGCAUAUUACAGCGCUUCAGCGAGUAAUUCGUGCAGUGCCAACGAACGCAUGGAGUGCAAAAAAAAUUUAAUUAACAGGGAAAGGACAAGUACGGAGAAGAAAAUGGCUCAAAUGGGCAUAAUAGAUGUAAUGGACGGAAUGAACCGAAUUGGAAAGGAACAAAAUACACUUAAUAACCUCUUUAAUUGUAAAAAUACAAAUCAACCUUUUGAUAAACAUAGGAAUGGGGGAGCCUGUGUACCUUUUGACAUAAUUAAUUUUUAUGAAACAAGCAAAAAAUUUCCUGAAUGUACGGAAGCUUUAAUAAAAAACGAAAGACAAGAAGGAAACCGAAUGAUGGGGGGAAUACACAUAAAUGCAGACCACGAAGUAGAUAGAAAUAAAAAUGUCCAUCCUAACAGUUCAUUAAAUAAACCAAUUUACAGCACCAACAUGGUAAGUAAUAACCAAAGCACAAACAAUUCCAGUACAUAUUCUUCAAAUAGUUUUGCAAUAUUUGAACUACAUUGCAAUACAGAUAUGGAAAUGAUUAAAGGAAAAUAUUGCAUAAAGUAUGAUGAUAUUUUAAAAGGUACUUUCAAUUUUGAAGAAAAAGAGGAAAUAUGUUUACUUUUUAAGCUCCACAGAAAUGAAGAAUUUUUAAAAUAUAAAGAAAAUUUACAAAAAAAUAAAAAAUUUUAUGUGUACUUACAAUGGAUAUCAUACACAUUAAAAGCACAUAGGUACCUUAUAUCUGCAUUCUGUUUGUUAUAUUAUCUUUUUAAUUUUUUAUAUAUUAGCUUUUUUAUAAUUUAUAAUAUAUUUAUAUAUGAUGUAAAAGGAGCAAUACAUUUUUAUUCAUUUAAUAAUUCCUUUUUAAUCUUAAAUUCAGUUAUUUUAAUUUUUUAUUUUUUACUUUAUUAUCAAUUCAAUAAUAUAGUGUUAAAAAUGUUAUAUAUUUUUGGGCUUUUAGUUAUUACAUUUUUUUCAUUUGCAUAUCUCAUAUUUAUAAAUGCAAUAUCGUCCUAUGGCAUGUUACCAUGGGAUAAGGCAUAUAUUGUUUAUACCAUGGUGUUUUAUUUAUUUCUUCUUAUACCCAAUAUUUCGUUAUUUACAUUUUUUAUUAAUUGCACACAUACAAUAUGUAAAGGAUUUUUACUUGGUCUAUUUGUCCUUUUUGGUAAUCUUGGCUUUAUUACAUAUGCUAUUAUAAAAUUUUUUAUAAUUUCAAAAUAUUUGACAUUAUUUAAUUUAAUUUUUUCAUGUAUCAUUUGUAUUUUGUCUUCUGUAAUAAUUAUUUUGUUUAUUCCUCACUUCAGUUUAUCAAUUGAUUACCAUGUAAUUGACGCUUCCUACUUUCAUCAUUUUUUGUUCUACAUGUACACAAGGCAAACUAUCCCACCCCACUUUGCAAACAUGCCCCUUGCAUGUGAAGCAUAUGGCAGUUGA